UCGAACGGUGUGUGUUGACCAGAUCUUUUGCUGUGUUGAGAGCUGUUGGACAUUGAACACUAGAAAACGUACAGAAUGUCUUCCCAGGUUAAUUCCAAAGAAAGAAGCUUUGAAUUCAGUCAUGACUAUGAUGAAGUUGAGGAGAUUUGUAAAKUGAUCCGKAACCAAACCAGUUACAGGCCAACUAUUGGUGUUAUAUGUGGUACAGGACUGUCUGCRYUGGGUGACAUGGUGGAAAAGAAAGAUGUCAUUCCAUAUGAGAAGAUCCCUCAGUUUCCACGCAGUACAGUUCAAGGUCAUAAAGGUCAACUAGUGUUUGGUACUAUCAAUGGCAAAACUGUUGUCAUGAUGCAGGGAAGGUGUCAUCUCUACGAGGGACACACAGCGGGAAAGAUAACUUUGCCAGUACGUGUAAUGGCUCAUCUUGGCAUCAAGACUCUUGUUGUCACUAAUGCUGCGGGUGGGUUGAGGCAGGACUGGAGUGUUGGUGAUAUCAUGAUCAUCCAAGACCACAUCAACUUACCCGGCAUGACAGGGGAGAGCCCUCUYAGAGGAUUGAAUGAUGAAAGAAUGGGGACUCGUUUCCCUGCGCUGUCUACAGUUUAUAACAGGGAACUCAAAGUGCUUGCUCAACAAACAGCAAAAGAAUUGGGAUUUGAGUCUUUUGUAAGAAAGGGAGUUUAUACAGCACAAGUUGGACCAGCUUUUGAAACUCCAGCAGAAUGCAGAUACCUGCAAUCUAUUGGAUCAGAUGCUGUUGGUAUGAGCACAGUUCACGAAGUGGUUGUUGCUGCACAUGCAGGGAUAAAAGUCCUUGGAUUUUCUCUCAUAACAAACAUAGCAGUCUUGGGAUAUGAUGAUGAUGCUCAAGAAGCCAAUCAUGAGGAGGUAUUAGAGGCAGGGAGAAAGAGAGCUGUUGACAUGCAGAAGCUUGUUGCUACUAUCUUACACAAAAUGGAAUAAAGUUUUUUAACAAUGGAUGAUGGUGCUUACAGCCUGGUUCAGACAGCAGGAUGGUAUAACAACAUAAUGUGACAUAAUGUCCAAAAUCCAAGUAUUUUUGCAUGUCAUUGUUUUUACUGUGAACAAAGUGAAAACAAAAUCAUGAUGUAAAGAUAGUAGCAUUGCAAUGUUGGUGUUCUCUUGGUGUGUGAACCAGGCUUUAGAAACACUUGUAGGUAGUUUUAGGGUUUUCAUUGAUAAAUAUACUAGGUCUUAUCAAUUCUCUUAUCAUUAUUGUGUGUGGUCAUACUAAUGUUSUUGUGUACCUUCCAAUGUAAAUUUGAUCCAGACUUUAUAAACAGUUAAAGUUAUGAUGUAGAUCCUUAACAGCUACWUAAAACAAUGGGCAUCUCAAAGCAACUCCAUUUUUGAGGUCAAAGUAAACACACUCAAAGUCUCAAAGAUUAAGCUGCUUUGAUAGGAGAUAAAAUCAAGGAUCAAGCAAAAGAAAUGCUUAGAAAAGUUUUAAAAUUCAAAAUUGAACAGAAGUAAAAUACAAAAUAGGUAUUGAUUUAGUAUAUUAUCAACACUUCAAUAAAUUGAAGCUUAGGGUUAUGCGUUUGAAUUUGGGUUGAGAAGUUACUUGCUGAAAAAAUGCAGGGUGUAUUCAAAAGAUAAACUGGUAAURAGUGRGGACAAACAGUAGUGCUAAAAUGCCUGAAGUUGAGAAAACACAGGAAAAGGAGGUCACAGUUUUAGUCAAAAUUGUUUACAUUUUUAGUCAAAAUUGUUUACAUUUUAGUCAAAAUUGUUUUGGGUACCACACAGCCUUGAUUCUGGUCUGGACAAUCACUUACAGUAUAUAAAAGAACCAUACAUUAUUACAUGGCUUUGAGUAGAUUAUAUUAGAUAAUGUAUAAAUAAAAGGCUGCAUUCACUGUCAAUAUGGCAGUGGAAUCUGAAGGUUAUUUAUUACAAAAUAUCUAUACAACUCUAUCAUUAGGUAUAAAAUUUUUAUUGAUUUCAUCAUAUAAAUAAUUAUUUGUAUAUCUCUAAUAAUGUAUCAAUUGUUUACAGUCUUUAAUGGUCCAUUUUUGUGAAUAUACAACAGUAAUUGUUGCAAUAAAGUCUUAUGUUAAUUAGUUGUAUAUAUGUUGGAAUCUUUUAUGUACCAUUUCCAAACCCAAUAUAAUAAAAAUACCAAUUCAUUGAAAUAGAAUCCCUUCA